AGGAAAAAGAACGUGCGACGGAAUUUCCCUCCGACGUUUAUUUGCGGCGCCGCCGGUGGCGUAAUUCGAGCUCCCGAAUCUUGCCGCCGUUUGAACUUUUCCCGCCGGGGAGAACUGCGAAGAGCCGCAGCCUAGUCCUGAGGGGGAAACUGACAGGGCGGCUGCAGUUCAGAGAGCUCCGGCCAUAACGACCCCACAUCCCGCGCUUGGGAAGCGGGGGGGGGGUCUCCUUUUCCCCCUCGCCGCCGCCAUGUCGGCGGGCUUCUCCUUCGGAGCCGGGACUCUGCCUUCGGCUACCGCAGCUGCUGCUGGUACUGGAGGCGGCGGCGGAGGGGGCUUCUCGUUUGGAGCCACCCCGAGCUCAACUGGAGGGCUUAAUUUUGGGACAUUGGGCUCGACAGCUACAGCAACUACAACCGCUUCAUCGGUAGGCUUUGGAACUGGACUUUUUAGCUCAAAACCUGCCACUGGUUUUACAUUGGGAGGGGCUAAUACAGGAACAGCAACCACCAUGGCUACAGCAUUGACACUAGGCACACCUGCUUCUACUUCUGCAAGUACCACAGGACUUAGUCUAGGAUUCAGCAAACCUGCAGGAUCAGCCACACCAUUUGCGUUGCCUAUCUCUUCUGCCACCUCUGGCCUCUCACUUUCUUCUGCUCUUGCAUCUGCUCCAGCAACAGGGUCCACUGGCUUUACGCUGAACUUGGGAGGCACAGCUGCUCCAACCACAACAGUAUCCACAGGACUUUCUCUUGGAGGAGCCUUAGCUGGUUUAGGAGGGACACUCUUCGCAAAUGCAAGCUCAGCUGCUACAGGGCUCGGACAGAAUGCUUUCGGUUUGACUCUAGGGACGGCUACAGCACCUGCUACUACAGUUAAUGAAGGUCUUGGUGGCAUAGACUUCAGUAGUUCUUCAGAUAAAAAGAGUGACAAAACAGGAACGAGACCAGAGGAUAGUAAAGCCCUGAAAGAUGAAAAUCUGCCUCCAGUAAUCUGCCAAGAUGUAGAAAAUCUUCAGAAGUUUGUAAAAGAGCAGAAGCAGGUCCAGGAAGAAAUUAGUCGAAUGUCCUCCAAAGCAAUGCUCAAAGUGCAGGAAGACAUUAAAGCUUUGAAACAACUUUUAUCAGUCGCUGCCAGUGGAUUACAGAGAAACACUCUUAAUAUUGAUAAGCUGAAAGUGGAAACUGCUCAGGAGCUUAAAAACGCUGAAAUAGCAUUAAGAACACAGAAAACGCCACCUGGCCUUCAACAUGAAAAUUCAGCACCAGCAGACUACUUCAGGAUCUUGGUUGAACAGUUUGAAGUACAACUGCAGCAGUACAGACAACAAAUUGAAGAACUGGAAAACCAUCUUGCCACCCAGGCAAACAAUUCCCAUAUAACCCCACAAGAUUUAUCCAUGGCUAUGCAGAAAAUCUAUCAGACAUUUGUAGCUUUAGCUGCACAACUUCAAUCAGUACAUGAAAAUGUGAAGAUGCUCAAAGACCAGUAUCUUGGUUACCGAAAAACCUUUUUGGGGGAUGCUGUGGAUGUGUUUGAGGCCAGGCGAGCGGAAGCAAAGAAGUGGCAGACGGCCCCGCGUGUUACUACUGGACCAACUCCUUUCAGCAGCAUACCAAAUGCCGCAGCUGUUGCCAUGGCUGCAACACUUACCCAGCAGCAACAGCCUGCUACAGGGCCACAGCCGUCUCUGGGAGUUAGUUUUGGAACGCCAUUCGGUUCAGGUAUUGGCACUGGCUUGCAAUCAAGUGGCUUAGGGUCUUCAAGCCUUGGAGGGUUUGGAAGUAGCUCUGCUUUUGGAAGCAGUGGCACGGGUGCACCAUCUUUUGGAUUUGGAGCUACAAAUAAGCCUUCAGGAAGCCUUAGUGCAGGCUUUGGCAGUUCGAGCACAUCUGGGUUUAACUUCAGCAAUCCUGGCAUCACGGCAUCUGCUGGCCUGACUUUUGGGGUUUCCAACCCAGCCUCUGCAAGUUUUGGCACAGGAGGACAACUUCUCCAGCUGAAGAAACCCCCAGCUGGGAACAAGAGAGGGAAAAGAUAAAUGUGAAAGGGGGGUGGGGUGGGAGGGCAUGGGUCAGAGAAAAGGGACAACACAUUGGCAUAAGUCAUCCUGGGGGGAAAUCUAUUUUUUUAAGCUGAUAUAUAGUAGGUGUUCUGUGUCCUUGGAGAUUUAUAACAUUUUGCUACUUCCUAUUCUUGAUUAUAAAAUGUAAUUGUAACAAACAGCUAUUUUUGGGGGGUGACUCAGAACUCGCGUAAGAAUCCUUUUUUGUGGGUGGGUGGGAAUCAUAGUUUUUAGAUAUGCACUUCAUUAUUAAGAAACUGUGUAAAACCAUCUGUUUAACCUAAGAUUAGUAACAGGAUAUUUUUGUUAAUAUGCUUUAAAACCAUAUAGAGAGAUGCAUAUUUGGUUUCCUUGUACAGGUAAAGUAUAUUCUAGUACAAAUGCUUGAGUCCGUGUCUUCUGUUUCUUGAUAUGGCCUUUUAAAAAACAUCAGGGUGGUUUUGUGAAUAUGUGUGUAAAUAUAUACAGUAUAAACGCACACUUGGAUAUGUAUAUGGGUACAUACCAUGCAUUUCAGACCUUGUCUUGUAAGACAGAACAAGUUUGUGUUUUGGGUUCUUUCUCCCCUCCCAUGUUGUGGCAGCAUAUUGGAAAACCAGCUGUAACAUUUACUAAUGCAUGUGAGACAUUGUGGGCUGUUUUGUCUGUUUUCCAUUUCUGUUUUGUUUUCCAUUCAGUGCUUUAAAUGAACUGGAUGUACAAUGUUAAUGUUCUCAGACUGGUUUGGUUCUCAGCUGUGGCGGUGUGUCUUUGCUCAAUUGCAGUCAUGCGAACUACAUGGCUUCAGGUAGAUUUUUGGAUAGCUGAUGACUGAUUAUGCAUUCUGAAACGGCCUUAGUUUUCACAAACAGCUCACACAAGCGGUGUGGUCUCGCGAGAAGAAUACAUGGGAGUGAUAGAGCAGAAGCUUCCCAAAGAAGGAUGCAGAAAUGUCUGCC